GAUUUGUAAUUUUGGAAAUUUUGGUUUAGCCCAAAGCAAUGAGUGUGUUAGUAGUCAAUUCUGCGAGUUCAGCACUCAACGAGUUGAGUGAGUCAGAGCCUUUAUUGCAAGUUCAUGCCUUGCGUGUUUUAAACUCAGUUGUCGAUUACUCUUGGCCAGAAAUUUCUUCGUAUGUUCCCAAAAUACAAGCUUUGAGUGAAUCACCCUCGUUCCCAGAACCAGAACUGGCGGCUCUCGUUGCUGCAAAGGUGCUGUUUUAUUUGGGAGAUAUCGAUCAAGCACUGGAGUAUGCGCUCAUGGCUGGAGACAAGUUUGAUGUUACGGAAGAAACAGAGUUUUCUCAAACUCUUCGUUCUCGUUGUAUCGAUUUGUACGUGGAGUUGAAGUCGGGAAGUGGCCCUAGAGAAAAGGAGCACUUGCCAUCCUUCACUCAUUCAAGUGUAGAAAGCAACCAAGCUUCCUCUUCCACUGUGAAAGAAGCCAACUUUCCUGUAUUAGAACGGGUUGUGGAGGAUGUGUUCGACGACUGCUUGAAGAAGAAUGAAACUUUUGAGGCCGUGGGAAUUGCAAUUGAGUGUAGGAGGCUAGAUAAGUUAAAAGAUGCAGUAGCAACGGAGACGGAUCCCCUAAGAGUGCCUCUUAUCCUUGAUUAUUGCUUUCGGUGCUCUCAAGGACUUGUUGCCUCGAAGGCUUACCGCACAGAAGUGUUAUAUGCUCUUGUAGAGCUUUAUGAAAAACAGCCGACUCCAGAUUAUGUUUCCAUCUGUAAAUGUCUUGGCUUUUUAGAAGAUGCAAAAAGGGUAGCAGAGAUUUUAGUCAGAUUAUUAAAGGAAGAGAAUGAGCAGUGUCACCUUUCGUGUCUUCAGAUAGCUCUUGACUUGUUCGACAGUGACUCUCCCCAUUUUUCAAGAAAGUUAUACGAGGAGUUUUCUUUACAGUUUUCUGACGAGAAGGUUGGUGAUAACUCGCUAUUUCAAACGAUACGUUCUAUUUUGAAUGGCACUGUUCCGUCAGCUUUAUAUUUGGAAUUUCUGUACACCAAAAAUCAUUCGGAGAACAAUGUCUUAAAAAAGGUGAAGCAAUCUUUGGACGCAAGAAGUUCAGUUAAUCACACUGGAUUGGUAUUGGCAAAUGGUUUUAUGAACGCAGGAACGAAGAAUGAUGCAUUCCUUCGUGAAAAUAUUGAAUGGCUUUCACGCGCGACCAAUUGGGCCAAGUUCUCAGCAACUGCUUGUUUGGGUCUUAUUCAUACACGUCAGGCGUCAUCGGCUCUGACACUUUUAUCUCCUUAUCUUUCUAAUGAAGGCGGUUCAACAAGUGCCUAUGCUGAAGGAGGUGCAUUAUAUGCUCUUGGCUUGAUUGUUGCUUCAGCAAGUAGCUUCGAGUUGACAGAACCCAGUUCGCAACAGUAUAUCCCAGUUACGGCUAAGGGGCUUAGUAGUCGUAGUUAUUUGUUAUCUGCUUUGCGUUCAGCAGGUAACAAUGAAGUUAUUCAACAUGGUGCUUGUCUUGGUAUCGGAUUGGCAUGUAUGGGAAUGGCUACCGGAGAUGAGAAUGACGAAUUAUAUGAAGAGCUUAAAGGUGUUCUUUAUUCUGAUUCUGCUGUAGCUGGACAAGCAGCUGCUUUUGCUAUAGGUUUGAUACUUGCCGGUAGUGGUUCUUCUCGUGCUAUUGAAGAAAUGUUAGCAUAUGCACAUGACACACAACAUGAAAAGAUAACGCGAGCACUUGCAGUGUGCAUCUCAUUGAUCAUGUAUGGUCGUGAAGAGGAUGCAGAUACUCUCAUUGACCAGUUAUGUGACGAAAAGGAUCCGAUAUUGCGAUAUAGUGCAAUGUUUACUAUUGGAUUGGCUUAUUGUGGAACAGGAGAGAACAAAGCAACCAGAAGACUUCUUCAUGUAGCUGUUUCAGAUGUAAAUGAAGAUGUUCGUCGAGCUGCAGUUAUAUCUUUAGGGUUUGUCCUGAUUCGUCAACCUCUACAAGUACCGAAAAUUGUCAAAUUAUUAUCGGAGAGUUAUCACGCUCACGUGCGUUAUGGAGCUGCAAUGGCCAUUGGAAUUGCAUGUGCUUGCACUGGUUCACACAAUGCGAUAGAAAUUCUUGAGCAUCUUUCUAUAGAUACAGUGGAUUUUGUUCGCCAGGCAGCCUUGAUUGCACUCAGUAUGGUUUUGAUGCAACAGUCAGAAGGGAUGAAUUCAAAAGUUGCAGAUAUAAGAAGAUUAUUUGAUCGCACAAUCUCCGAUAAACAUGAAGAAAUUCUUUCAAAAUUUGGAGCGGUACUUGCAACAGGCAUAAUAAAUGCAGGAGGAAAAAACUGCACGAUAGAGUUUAUUUCUCAGUCAGGUUAUCUUAGAAGCAGAGCUAUUCUGGGAAUGACCAUGUUCUGCCAAUUCUGGCACUGGUAUCCUGCUGCUCAUUUUUUGAGUUUAAGCUUUCGUCCUGCAGCACUUAUAGCGUUGACCAAGGACUUGAAACUACCCAAGAUGGAAUUUCUAUGCGAAGCCAAGCCAUCCAUGUUUGACUAUGUGAAAGCAACUGGUCAAGAGCAAAAGAAGGAAGAAGAACCUGUCGUAAGCGCAGUUUUAAGUGUUUCUACACAUCAAAGACGCAGAGAUCGUACGAAGAAAACCACUUCUACGGAAUCCAAAGUAAAUGCAGGAACAACAGCACCCAUGGAAUUGGACUCUGAGGAAACGAAAAGAAGUAAGGAGCAAGCAAAAGAUUCGAGUAAAUUGAAAGUGGAACAAUACCAAGAACCUACUAGUUACAGAAUGGAAAAUCCCUCUCGAGUUUUGCCUCAGCAAAUUCCUUACGUUAGGAUUCCAACAAAUUCGCCAUUCAAAGGUUUGACUACAAUAGCACAUCCAGGUUUCCUUCUUGUGCAGCCUAAAGACUCUCAUUCUGAAGUUGAAUUUGUUAGUUAUCAACUGUAUGGUUACCCAGUGGUUCAAGAAGACGAUAUGGCAGAAAGCAAUCCCACUCAAGAGCCAAUGUCAGAAGAACCUCAGCCUCCGGCUCCUUUUGAAUAUCAUGAAGACUAAGACGUAUAUGUUCUCUUUUGAGUAUUAUCUUUGCAAAAAUGAAUGUCUUGAUAGCCUA